AUGACUGGCGCGAAUCCAGCCGCCCGGGCUAUGAAGGACAAGCAGAAAUUGGAUGUGCCGAAUGCAAUUGGGAAGCGCUGGACGAAGAUUGUGCGCGGCAAUGCUGACCAACGUGGCACAAAAAGGUCGCAAGGUCGGCAGAUCCAGCGACCAUGCGGUGCGGCUGUUGGAGCUGGACAGAGCCCUCUCCGAACGUCAAACGCGAGAGAUCAGAAACGACACAAGUCUUUGGAAACGAUCAAGAAGAACAAGAACAUCAUUGAAAGGCUGCUCAAAGUGGAGUGGACGCCAGUUGACACUGUGGAAGAAGUACCCUCGUUCGACUGGGAAACAGAAAAAAAGUUUGAAAGAUUCGAGAGCCUUAUCGAUUCGACAGCAAAGACUCUUGGUCUAGCGGAUCUGUGUAUUUCAUAUGAAAGGGUUAAAAUAAACGGCCAAACCCAUGGGUCCAGAACGCUACCCUAUAUACGCCUCACGGGAUUCCGAGAUGUGGACUCGGUUAAAGUUAUCCAUGCGAAAUUGACGAAAAGAAAGUUCAGGAAGUUUUACGACCCGCCACUAAGUCUUUGCUAUGAGAUACAAAGAUCCGGAACCUCGUACCUAGCGGCUUCUCCAGAUGCCUACUUAAUCGGAGAACCUCAGCAGGGCACUCUUUGCGGGUCCCUCGCCAUGAUUGGUACAAAUCCUACACGACGUAUUGUCACCGUCGGUGGAAUCGUCAGUUUUCAAGGCGCUAUGUGGGCAACAAGUGCUGGUCAUCGCUCGACACCCAGAUCUGCAUCUGCGAUAACCGCAGCAGACACUUUGACGGAAGAGACUAUCAACCCGGAAGACUACGACGACAGUAUCAAGUCAGCUUUAGUCAUUGGAUCUCCAAAACGAAAUGAAGCUACUCCAAAAAUACCAAUGCAAAGGCCAAUGGAGAAAUUCGACAAUAUUGCCAAGGUCAGACUGGGUGAAGUUGAGAAGACCGGAGAGGAUUGGAGUCUACUUUCGAUCAGAGAUCCUGGUUUAGCACAACCUAAUGCCGUAUGUCUUGGCUCUAAAGUUAGCUACCUCACUCAAGAGGCUGAAGCACCGGUUGCAGGGGAAGUGAUGGUUCUGGCAGGUAUAAGUGGCCCACGGAGACUGAUCAUGUCCCCUGGCGCGGUUCGCUUUCCCCUGUCGUCCCGUGGAUGGAUCACCACUUGGAAGUUGAAAUAUGGGUCAAACCCUCCUCUUGUCCCAGGAGACUCCGGCUCAUGGGUUGUGCACGUCGGAAGUGGACGGGUCUUUGGCCACAUAAUUGCUAGUAAUGAUGACUACGCAUAUCUGAUGCCUUUGAAGUUUCUAUUCAGCCAAAUCAGCGAUGUUCACACAAACACAAUGCCUUCAAGUCAGGUUUGCAUUCCUCCGGCCUUCGACAUGAUAGCGGGACUCGCUCACAACAGCUACCGCAACGGUUCGCACGAAGUUGCACUGAAGCACGCGCGAGAGUCCAUCCAAAAAGAUGUGCUAGAGAUUUCCAAGGCUUCGAAGACAGCACGGAUCAUUCGAGACUUCUUGGACUCUACAAACCAGAAAGGACGGGAAGAGUUCCUGGUUAGUGUCAUCAUGCAGACGGGGGCAGAUAUGACCACUGGAUUGGAGCUUCUGAGGGAACAGCUGAACAGUGAAAAGAUACAUGGGGUCGAAUUGACGAACGAGAAUAUCUCGGACUUCAUUGAACUGCUCAGCGCAGCUGCAGCUCGGACCCGACGCCAGUCCCCUGGAGAGCCUACAACGGAAGGCAGGAUUGGGAGUGAUGCGCAGACACACUUGAUUCAAAAGUCAUUUCCCGCUACUAACACUUUUGUACCCAGCCACGUAGACGACAAGCAUUCAGCACGUGCGAAGCACGCAAAUGUGUGCGCGAUAUCUUAUUCGGGCCGUAACGAUCUGUUAUCAGUACAACUUGAGGAUUAUCGUACCCUCGACGCUUUAGCGGAGCGUCUCUCAAACCCGAUAGGUGAAGUGAUACCUGAGUUUACUUUGUUCGUCGUUGAAGACUUAUCUUACGAGGUAAUGCAACUUCUCGGCUCGAGCUUUGACGUGGACUCGUCCUUCUUCCAGAAGCAUAUUGAGAUUCCAGUCUGGCCUGAUCAUCAGUCUCGGCGGGAGCAGCCGAACCUGAAGUUGGCCGCCAAAGGCCCAGACUGGUUCCAAUUGAAGUUCGUCAGAUCUCGAUGUUUUGAGAACAUUGAGUCUUUCCAAAGCGGCGAACGCGAAGCCAGUUGCUUUAAUAAUCCACGACGUCUAGUCGGCGACAGGGGCACGCAAUUCAGGGAUAACGAGCAAUCUACGAUGGGGCUCAUGGGGAGCAAGGCAACGUUGUGGAUGAAACGCUCUGUAGAUCCAGGCGUAUCGACAAUAGGUAUAUAUCGUUGGUUCCAGUACAUUGACGUGCGAUGCGAUUCUGAUCUUUUUGUGGCAGGUAUCCUCUUGCUUGAUGCGACCAUUUCCGGCGGACAUACACCCGGGCAAAUUUAUUGGAACUGGCAUCGUCCGCCACCGGUUGGAAGUUCAUUACCACCUGCUCCAGCGCCAAGGACAGAUUCAUUCUUCGAUGUUUUCGUUCACUGGGCGAGAAACCCGAAAGCCUUCCAUUUGCAGUGCGACAUUCAGCAGUCAACGACAGACGUGCCUAUACAAGUUUUGUUGCAUCUGAUCUGCGCACAAUGGCUCGAGAUCUCUGCUUUUAUCAAUUUUCGCCUGAAGGAGGUUGACCAGCUUUUCACAAUCCCGCCUAGCUCAGAUCUCGAUGCGGGCGCAGUCGCCGCCUCCGAGCUCGACCACUGGCGUAUGAUCGUAGCGCAAUGCCGCGAGGACUUGGCUCAUACCAUGUUGGUUCUUCGAGAGAUGUCGAAUUUCACCCUAGCUUCCCAAGGAGUGGCUAGUCAGCACAGCCAUAGCCUUAUGAGAGAGUACACAAAUACAGAGGCAGUCACUGCCUACGAACAGGACUACCUUCGCGUACUCGGAUAUAUGGCAGAGCACCAGCAGAGGAUCGAUAGGCUGACUCGUAUUUCUACGGCUAUCAGCCGCUUAAAUCGUUACAAGCUUGGUUGCAAGGACCACAAGAAUCUGCAGGUCUUGGCUGGCCUAUUCACUUUCUUCACUCCUCUGGCAGUGGUCGCGUCGGUUUUGUCCAUGAACACGGAUAUGACGAAUUUGCACGGAACGGUCAAGUCUUGGGCCAGUAGCGCUGUUCCGGCCGACUUCCUUGUUUUGAUCUUAUUGUGGAUAUUUACGCUGCCACGCUUCGGACAGUGGGUGAAGUCGUCCCGCUAUAAGUUGGCUGUGUUGUGCGGCUUCGAAAAUCCACCUGUGAUGAUUGGAGGAUGGGCUGAUUUUGAGCUGUAA